AUGGCAGCGCUCGGCCGACCUUUCAGCCUCGGGAUGCUGUAUGACUGCCGUAAAGACUCACUCAUCCCUGGCAUGACAUUGUGGGACCUUAAUGAUCUGAAAAACAAUAUACAAGACAAACCUCAGUGCUAUAACAAUUUUGAAAUAGUUGCAUCUGAAUCAAUUGCAGAUAAAUCUUCAGCGUUAAAUGUUGAAGCAUCACUGAAGGCAAGUUUCUUAGGUGGACUGGUAAAGGUUGGAGGAUCUGCCAGAUAUCUGAAUGAUAGUAAAACAUACAAAAAUCAGGCCAGAGUAACACUGAAGUACCAAGCAACCACAAAGAUGCAGCAACUGUCAAUGAAUCAACUUGGAAGAGGUAAUGUGAAACAUCCGUAUGUCUUUAAAGAAGGAAUAGCAACACAUGUAGUCACAGGAAUCCUUUAUGGGGCACAAGCCUUUUUUGUGUUUGACCGUGAGGUGUCUGAUGAAGAAAGUCAUCAAGACAUUCAGGGCAACAUGAAGGUGAUGAUUAAAAAAAUCCCCUGCCUCUCAAUAGAGGGGGAAGGUUCCUUGAAAAUGAACAAUAAGGACAUUGAAAAGGUGGAGAAGUUCUCCUGUAAAUUUCAUGGAGACUUUUUACUGAAGAAAACUCCAACAACCUUUCAGGAUGCUGUACAAGUCUACCAAAGCCUGCCACAACUGCUGGGAACCAAUGGAGAAAAUGCUGUACCAGUGAAGGUCUGGCUGCUGCCACUUGUGAUUUUAGAUUCAUCAGCUGCUAAACUCGUCCGUCAGAUAAGUAUAAGAUUAGUGCAGGAAUGCCAGAGUGUCCUGGAGGACUUCACUGAGCUGGAAAUGAGAUGCAAUGAUGCAAUAAGAACCACCACUGCACAGCAGUUCCCACAGAUUGGUAAAAAACUUAAAACCUUUAAAGAACUUUGCUCUGAGUUCAAACUGGAAUUCCAACAAAACUUGGCAAAGAUACUUCCAUCAAUCCGGGGAGGAGGGGAAGAGGAGGCUGUGCUGGCAGAGAUCCUGAAGAAGAGACGUUCUUCUCCUUUCAACAACACAAGCCUGAACGAGUGGAUGGACUGUAAAGAGAGAGAAAUCUACACUUUACAGUCUUUCACCAACAAGAUGAAAAACACUAAGAUUGUCCCAUCUCAAUGUCAACUUGAUGAGGAAACUCUGAGUGCAGAACAUGCUGUGUGUUUUGUUUUCAUGUCACUGGGAAGUGCUGAACCGUACCUCUCAGCUUUAUCAAACUACUUAAAAGAAAAACCCAAACCAGACAACCCUCAAGAUCCACGUUGUCAUGACAUAGAGAAGGAACAAUGGUUUGCCUCUAAAGAAGUAUCAGAUGCAAUGAGGAUCAAAGUAAUGCUGUUCAGUGAUUUUGCAGAAGCCAACAAGGAGAAUAAGAACAUAAAGUUCCUGACAGUGGGUUUAACAAAUGAGACACAGAAAGGUUCAAGCAUCUGA